AUGAAUUUCCCUUCUGUAUCUAAGUCUCGUUUACAGCUUCCUGCUGCUGGAUUCGCUGUCCAAGUUGUCCAGAUAGAGUUUUCUGAUCACCUAGUGAUUCUCAUUUCACGCAGUGGGAUGAUUGGCGACAUUGUAUUAUCGCAAAAAAGUAUUCUGCCACCUAUCAACGGUCAUGCCUCUCACGAUGUUGAUGCUCGAACAAUUUUUGGUCCUGAAAAGAUGAACUCCUGUCUUGUCACUAGACUGAUCUCUAAAUCUCUGAACACCUCGAAGAAUAUCCUUGUUAGUACUGAUUUUAAAGAAGAUAUUUGUUUCAGUGAUACACAAUUAAUCUGCGAUGCUCUAAAGAAUUUGAAGCAACAUAACAGCCAUUUGAUUAUUUUUUAA